GAGACGGCGUUAACCGACCGGGCGAAUUUUAAGUCCAGGGAAAGGUAUUGAAAUUGCUGGUAUAAACUAUCAUUGAAAUCUAAAACAAAAAGAGAAAGAGAAAGAAGAGAAUGGGAGAAAAUGAGAGGACGAUGAACAACUUCAAGGGCAAGGGAGUUGCAGAGCGAACAAGAGCUAACCACAAUUUCAGUGGCGAAGGCGAAGACGACGGCAAGAAUACUGGUCUUUCUUUUCCCUCAGUCAAAUCCAGUCCUCGCAACGCUUCCUCCAAAUACGACUUCGUCAAGGUGAAAGUCUGGUUGGGUGAUAACGCAGAUCACUAUUAUGUUUUAUCCAGGUUCUUGCUUAGCAGAAUGUUAACUGUCACAAAGAUUCCGAAUCAUGUAGCUAUUAAAAUCGCCCUCGAGCUCAAGAAGCUGCUUAUAGACAACAGCCUUUUGGAUGUCUCGCAAACUGAUUUGGAAGCUAAUCUUUUUAAGCUAAUGGAACGUCGAGGUUAUGGGGAAGAGUAUAUAAAUCGGUACAAAAUGAUGACCAGAUUUCACCAUCAAAGGGUUCCUUUGGUGAUUCUUGUUUGUGGGACGGCCUGUGUUGGGAAGUCUACAAUAGCCACACAACUCGCACAGAGGCUCAACUUGCCAAAUGUCUUACAGACAGAUAUGGUUUAUGAAUUGCUACGCACAGCAACAGAUGCUCCAUUAGGAUCCACUCCUGUAUGGGAACGGGAUUUCAUCUCCUCUGAGGAGUUAAUUACUGAAUUUUGUCGAGAAUGCAGGAUAGUUCGUAAAGGGUUGAAUGGGGAUCUAAAAAAGGCAAUGAAAGAUGGAAAACCAAUUAUAAUUGAGGGAAUACAUUUGGAUCCAAGCAUUUAUUUAAUGGAUGAUGAGCGUAAAACUACAUCCUCUGUGACUGAAGGGCAUCAACCAACCUCACAGCCCAUGGCACCGGACGGUAAUUUUGCAUUGCAAGUGGAAAAUAAUACAUCUGAAAGUAAUGUGGAAAAUAGCCAAAACCAUCUUGUGCAUGGUGCAUCUGUUGAUCAGGUGAAUGAAGUCUCGAAAUCUUUAGAGUCCAUUGCUCUAGAAACUGCAUCUGAGAAUAAAGGUGAAACUGUUAAGGAUGCAGAAGUAAAUGGAAGUACCACUAGAAAAGAAAAACCUGGCCCGGAACCAAUAAUUAUACCCAUAGUUCUGAAGAUGGCUGAAUUUGAUCAUAAGGCAUUACUGGAGGAGAGGAUAACUACCCGAACAUUAAGUGGUAAAUGUCUAGUCCAGGAUACAGAUAAGUUGAUAACCAACUUGAAAACCAUUCAAGAAUAUCUUUGCUCUUUUGAGUCACAGGGUUUAACAGUUAUCAAUGUAUCAGCAACCACAUUUCCACAGACAUUGGAUUGGCUGCAUGGGUACCUUCUUCAGCGCAUCGAGCAAGGCAUUUCCUCGGCGUCCAAUGAAAAUAGUAGGAGUUUGGCUGAAAAAUAGGUGGCGGGCUGUCAUUAGCUUGAGCAGAUAGAGGGCUGAAUGGAGGAGAAGAUAUCAUGGAUUAAGCUGUUGAACUUUGUGCGAUGAAUUUUAGAAAUCAAAUUAAAGCAAAGAUUCUUGCAAAUAAUUAGCUGAAAUAUGUAUUGGAGAAGAUUGUGUUCCUCAACAAUUUUUAUAGCAGGCGAACCAAAUUAUUUUCUUGCAACCUCUCUGGGCAAAGCCUGUGUAUCCUACCUUUCUUUGAUACUAUUUUAAAAGGGCUAAUUAUGGAUUUCACCAUUUUCA